AUGUUCAUGUCUAUUCCAAGCGAAACCAAAUAUCCACCAGACGCUACCGACGAGCCAUUCCACAGCUUCAUUUACGUUCCACAUAAGGUCAUGAGAGAGAUGUGUGAACCUGGCAUGCUUAUCCCAAAGGAUCGGGAAGCCCGUGAAAAAUACCUCCAGUACCUCGACUUUGUUUAUGGAACCGCCAAUCAAGAACCAGCAUUGACGACGCCUCAGGCCGUUGAAGUCACGGAAGAAGAUAUCAAGUGUAUUGAUCCUCGCCUCAUUAUGAGAAAGCCUGGUGACAGUUUGAAGAAAAGGGGAAGAAAGCCAAACGCAGUGAAGGCCGACGAAGCAAACCAUCAAGAAAACGUCAAUGGAAGUUCAGAUUUAAAGCAAUAUGAGCCCUCUAAUUUGAGCCCUACCGACUAUGUGGCCCAGGCUCCACGCUCUUCUUACCAGCACACUUCCAAUCCAAACCCUUUCGUCUUGACGUCUCAGGAAAGCUACCAGUCACCCAAAAAGAGAAACAUCGACCAAGUAGACACUAACAACCCAGCCAUCACCUCCAAGAGGGUCCGGAUCAGACACUGUGUGGGAGCAGAACAGUAA